AUGUACACGACUCUGUUCCUGAUUCUUCUGGCAGUCAGGCACGAGGCCAAAUGCCGGUCUCAACAUAUCAAAAUACCUGCACUUUCACUAAACGGGACCUUGGGUACCGGAAAAGUCGCCAAGUAUCCCGGACGGUCCAGCCGUCACCCAGAUCUCUCGGUACUCAAAGGCGUCCAGAUCUGGGCCGCCAGCGACUCUCUUGUUUCCAGCAACACUUUUACCUUCAUUUACUUAAACUCUAUCAUCCGCCACUCAGCCUACAAUUCCGGCAUCUCCUCAUCAUCCGUCCAAGGAGUACUUUACGUCUUCGUUCUGAACAACACCUUAGCUUCAUCUUCGUCACUACGGUUGACGAUCGUCACCUUCUCUGAUAACCAUGCUGGAAGCUCCAGCAGCAAGGCUGCUGAGAAGCAUCCCUCCGACGGAAAAGCCUCCCGAGAAAGCCGCCUCGAAAGAUACAAGAAGGACAACGAAGAUGAUCUAUUUUCCCGCCUCCACGAUGCCCAACCCACCUCUCAGAAUCCCAAAGAAAAGUUUGGUCCAUGCUUCGCGAAGCUCCCACCCCAUGUACACUACAACCUGUCACCAUAUUUUCCUUUUGGCUGGCCCAAUCUCGUUGUCUUUCAUAUGGCCCCUGUAAUAAUGUCGUUCCUCGUUCCUUCAUUUAUCAAAAUUAGAGAGAACAACUCAUGGGGCUCGGUCUCUCUAGUACUAUUCAAGCGACCCUGUGCAACCGCUCAAGAACCGAAGCCCACGACGACCCGUGCAUCGCAAUCUACGAUCGAGGAAGGCGCCACAAAAACACACGGUCUUCGUAUCGACUCUACUCUUUCAUGUCACUUGCACACCCCGCCGCGCCGACGACGACUCAUCAUUACGCAAAGGCGGGAAAAGGCCCGAUACGAAGCGCCUUGGACAUUGAGUCCACGGAAUAAGGCUCCUGCCAAGAGGAGCCGUGGGUCAUUGGUCGGCUAUCCGCGAAGCCGAGCGGAAAGGCACGCGCGGCCCAUCUUCGACAUCCUGGUCCUGGACCCCAACCAGACUUUGCUUUUACUUGGUCAAGUCAAGGUCUCGCACAUUUGGGUGGUGCUUAUCGAUCUACGUUACCUUGGUACCAUUCCAAACAACCUCCCAACCAUGGGCAUCCUAGACUGGAGAAUGGAGAUUGGCAUUAGUGUUUACAAGUGGGCCGCAUACCUGGAGUACGCUAUCCCUGCACGCCCUACAGGGCGAGGUGAACUCGGCCGAACAAGGGCCGAUGGCAUCGCUGGCUAUUCACGCUCUCAGGAAUGA